AUGGUUCUGCCUGGGCUACAAUAUUCAGCCUCGGCUGUCGUUGCGACUGUCCUUCUCGCUGCCUCUGCAGUAAGUGCGGGGAACUGCUCAACAGCCGGCAUCGCCCACCCCUCAAUCCCUGAUGGGCAGCUUUUGCACCUAUCUGCUAUUCCUGUCCCCAACUACCGCAAUGACAACACUACUUUGAGCUUUUGCAAUGUGACUGUUACGUAUACGCAUCCCGGAAAGAAUGACGCCAUUCAUACCACCAUUUGGCUCCCUCUAUCGAGCUGGAAUGGCCGGCUUCAGGGCUCUGGUGGCGGAGGUUACGCAAUGCGUCACGACGGUUCGGUGCUGGCAGAAGCCGUGGCAUUGAACUACUCAGUCGUAGCCACAGAUGGUGGCCACAAUCUGGUCUCCCAGAAUUCAGUCGCCUGGUCCCUUGAUGCAUCGGAUCAUAUCAACAUGGCCCUUCUGGAUGACUUCGCCUAUGUUGCUCUCAACGACGCGGCCCUGAUCGGCAAGCAAAUUAGCCACAGCUUCUAUGGCUACGGGCCUGACCACUCCUACUGGAACGGUUGCUCCACUGGUGGCAGGCAGGGACUGAUGCUUGCACAGCGGUAUCCUACGGCCUACAAUGGCAUCAUGGCUGCGUCCCCAGCCAUCAACUGGCCUACCUUCCUUGUCGCCGAAUACUGGCCGCAGUUUGUCAUGAACCAGCUUCAGACCUAUCCCCCGACGUGCAUGACGGAUGCCAUCACGGCAGCCGCUGUCGAGGCCUGCGAUGGCCUUGACGGCGUCACUGAUAGCGUGAUUUCUGCUCUUGACCUCUGCAACUUCGAUUCUCUCACCUUGGUCAACCAAACAAUCUCGUGCAAUGGUACCAACCUGAGAAUUACCGAGUCAGCCGCUUUGACAGUCAAUUUGAUCUGGCAAGGCAUGCGUUCCUCCAAUGGAACAAUCCAAUGGUAUGGUCUCGAGCGAGGCGCCCCGCUCUCUGUGGGCAGCGGUAGCCUCGCCCAAACCAUCUGCAAUUCCCCUACAGAUUGCACGGGUUCUCCUUUCGCGAUCUCCUCUGACUGGAUACGCCGCUAUGUCCUCCAAGAUCCUUCCUUCGACCUCACCACUCUCGAUCACACCGACCUAGAUACUAUCCUGUCACGGUCGAUCGCGGAAUUCAACUCUAUCAUAGGAACGGACGACCCCGACCUGUCCAGCUUCAAAUUGGCCGGCGGAAAGAUGAUCACCUGGCAUGGUCUAGCUGACCCCUUGAUCUUCCCCAAGGGAACGGAGCACUAUUACCGCCAAGUGCAGGAGCUCGACCCUGCCGUGCGGGACUUUUAUCGCUUUUUCCCUGCGCCUGGUGUUGAGCACUGCGAGGGCGGGAACGGGCCGGUACCGGUUGAUCCGUUGUCUCAAGUUGUUGAGUGGGUGGAGAAGGGUGUGGCUCCGGAGACUCUGCCUGCGCAGGCUGCGGAUGGUCGGACGAGGUCAUUGUGUCCUUGGCCGCUUGUUUCAGUGUAUAAGGGCGGUGACGUGAUGGACGCGAACUCGUAUACUUGUGAGGGAAAGCAGAGGAAUUGGUUUUGA